CUCCCUCCCUCCCGGCCUAGGCCCCUGGCCUCGCUCCUCCCCUUUUACUUUCCUUUCCCGGGGCCGGAGCGGCGAGAUUACUGCAGUUAUAGAAAUGUCACUGAACAACUGCAUCUAGGUUUCACAUUGGGCUUUUCAUCCUAUGAAGCAUAGUUAUGGUACACAAUGCAGGUCCAAUAGCAUGAAGGACAGUUGAUGUUUGACCUGAAUUCAACUCCAAUCCUGAUUUCACACUGCAAAUCUCCAGUUGCUUGAAGAUGAGACUAGAAGGCUUGGCAUAUGGUUAUCUUAAGAAUGGCAGGUGAGCCAUAUGCUAAUAUAAAAAUUAUCCAACAAGUACCCUCAGGAACAAGUCCUCCAUCAUUCAUUAACUUGCUGAAAAUACAUCGAGAACAUUUAGUCACCAGUAUCCGAAACACCCAGUGUUUGAUUGACAACUUGAUUAAGAAUGAAUACUUCUCAAAUGAAGACGCUGAGAUUGCUGCACAGUUUCCAACUCAAACAGAUAAGGUUCGUAAAAUUCUGGAUCUGGUUCAAAGCAAGGGAGAAGAAGUUUCAGAAUACUUCAUCUAUACCCUGCAGAAAGUCACUGAUGCUUAUCAUGAGCUUCAGCCCUGGUUGGAUGAAAUAAGGUUUCAGCCUUCUGAGAAUAUUCAGAGUAAAUUGGUUGUAAAUACAGAUCCAGUUAGCAGGUACCGUCAGAAACUCAAGUAUGAAUUGGGAAGAGACACAAAGUUUGUCAUGUCAUAUGCUCAGAAGGAGGAGAUGCUGCUGGAGGAAAUCUACUCUGAUAAUAUCAUGGAGCUGGUCAGUUAUGCCAAUGAGAGUCUUGGCAAUGUGAACUGCUUAGAAGCCCUGUUUGAUGAUAAAACUGGGCUGAUUAAUGAAGAUGGAGAGACCAUCUGUGUCUUUGGUGAUGCAGGAAUUGGAAAAUCCAUUUUGCUGCAAAAAAUGCAAAGUCUUUGGGCCCGAGGAGAGUUGGAUGUUGGUGCCAAAUAUUUUUUCCGGUUCCGGUGCAGGAUGUUUAGCUGCUUUAAGGAGAAUGAAACUAUCAGUCUGAAAGAUCUUCUGUUCAAAUACAACUGUUACCCAGACCAGGACCAAGAGGAGGUAUUCAACCACAUCCUGCAGUUCCCUCACGCAGUCCUCUUCACGUUUGAUGGGUUUGAUGAGAUCUAUUCUGACUUUGACGUAAACAGCAUUCCUGAGAUCUGCUCACCCAGUGAACCUAUCCACCCACUCGCCCUGUUGGUGAGUCUUCUUAGAGGAAAGCUUUUGAAAGGAUCAAGGAAAAUUCUCACAGCAAGGACUGGGACUGAGGUCCAUCAAAACAUUAUUAGGAAGAAAGUAUUGCUCCGAGGCUUCUCCAGCAAAAACUUGAAGGCAUACACUAAGAUGUUUUUCAAAGAUGAGGGGCGCCAAACAUUGGUACUGAAUCAUCUAGAAGCUAACCCCAAUCUCUGUAGUUUGUGUUCAGUACCUUUGUUUUGUUGGAUUAUUUUUAAAUGCUAUGAACAUUUGCAUUCCAUGUUUGACAUCCAUGAGCUUCCAGAUUACUCUGUUACAUUGACGGAUGUGUUUUUGCUCAUGACUGAAGUCCACUUGAACCGAACUCUGAAAACAGAUUUGCUGAAGAAGAACACCAGGAGCCAAGUGGAGACAUUCAGGUCAAAAAAGGAAACCCUGCUGUCUUUGGGUAGAAUAGCCUAUCAGGGAAUGGAGAAGUCUCUCUUUGUCUUUGAGCAUGAGGAGGUCAUGGCUGUGAACGUAUUGGAAGAGGAUUUGCAGUUGGGAUUCCUCAGGACAGUUCACAACUAUGCAGGCUGUGGAGACCAGUCCUCUUAUGAGUUCCUACACUUGACCCUCCAGUCUUUUUUCACAGCUUUUUUCCUAAUCACUGAAGAGAAAGUGGGUACAAAAGAGUUAUUGAAGUUUUUUAAUGAAUGCUCCACCCUCGAGACUACCCAAUUUACCUGCCUCCCUAUUCCAUGGUUCAAUAAUCGGCCAAUAAGAGAAGAUCCUUUCCGAAACAAUGAACACUUUCACUUCACCAACCUUUUCCUCUGUGGUCUGCUUUCCAAAGCUAGACAGAAGAUCUUGAGACAUUUAGUCUCACCUAUGGCCAUUAAGAGGAAAAGAAAUGCUCUUUUAACAUAUCUCUCAGAAAGCAUGAAAUCUCAUAUGAAGGGCCUGACACGAUCGAGGCUUGCAAACUAUAAGCAAGUUCAGGUUACACCCAAUUUUGUUUGGAUGCUGCGGUGCAUUUAUGAGACUCAAAGUGAAAAAGUGGGGAAGCUGGCUGCUAAAGACAUGCGAGCCAAUUACAUCAAACUCACUUACUGCAAUGCCUAUUCAGCUGACUGCAGUGCCAUUUCCUUCAUUGUGCAUCAUUUCCAAAAGCAUCUAGCUCUCGAUCUAGACAACAACAACAUCAAUGACUAUGGAGUUAGACAACUGCUUCCUUGCUUUAGCAAGCUUCUGGUGAUCAGGCUGAGUGUUAAUCAGAUCACAGAUCAUGGAGUAAGAGUGCUGUACGAAGAACUCUCCAAGUACAAGAUUGUGUCUUACUUGGGCCUGUACAACAACCAAAUUACAGAUGUUGGAGCCAAAUAUGUUGCAAAACUCAUUGAAGAAUGCCCAAGCCUCACAUAUGUUAAAAUAGGAGCAAACAAAAUAACCACCGAAGGAGGGAAAAGUCUUGCCCUUGCUAUCCAGAAGAGCAAAACAAUGUUUGAAAUCGGAAUGUGGGGCAAUCAAAUUGGAGAUGAAGGAGCUAAAACUUUUGCUGAUGCGCUCAGGAAUCAUCCUACUUUAACAAACGUGAGUCUUGCAUUCAAUGGCAUUACAACUGAGGGAGGCAAAAGCAUUGCUGAAGCUAUGCAGCACAACAACACUGUGAGGAUAUUUUGGUUGACUAAAAAUGACUUGGAUGACGAGGCUGCAGAGAGCUUUGCAGAGAUGGUGAAAGUCAACAAGAAGCUAGCACAUUUGUGGCUUAUCCAGAAUCGAAUUACAGUCAAAGGGGCCCAGUAUCUCUGUGAAGCUCUCCAGGAGAACACUGCCAUUAAAGAGAUCUGUUUAAACGGGAACUUGAUAAACCAGGAAGAGGCCAAAGCCUUUGAAAAUGAAGAGCGGAUUGUUUGCUUUUGAGCGACCACCUUCCAGUUUGGACAAGCUCAGUGUUACAAAUGCUGCUUCAGCCCUUGGACAGUAGAGCUUCCAUGGCCUCUAUCUGUACUGGGGGCAAGUGUUGAGCUGCAGCCCAGGAGAGAGAGAUGUGCGAUUCACUGGCUUCCCAUGAACACAUUGUGCUUCCCCCCACCAGCCCCCACUGAAGUGCCUGCCUAUUACUCUAUACUUCUGCUGAGUGCAAAGUUGCCUUAAUUACUAAUGAAUGCAUGGUGUUUGAAGAGAAAAUGCUAAGUGUUAUCAGCCUCCACCCACUGGCAGAUCUUUGUAUAUUGAUAAAUAGAUGUAUUCUGUACACAGGUGUAAAUAACACUAACUUAUUUAUAUUUAUAUACACAAUAAAGGGAGAAGGAGCUUGUGAAAAAUCCAAAA